AUGGCUGCUCCCGCUGAAAAGACUGUCCUUGACCUCAAUGGCAACUGGAUCAUGAACGCUAAGCUGUCCGACUCUUCUGAUGUUGUCCUCAAGGCCCAGGGCGUCAACUGGCUGAUGCGCAAGGUCAUCACCAUGGCCACCGUCACGCUCAUCGUGACGCAGACCAAGGACGCGUCGGGCAAAAUCCUGCUCGACAUUGAAAACAAGCCCAGCGGCGGCAUGCCCGGCGCCGUCGAGAAGCGCGUCCUCAACUGGGAGCCCGUCGAGCUCAACCAUACCCUGUUUGGCAACAUCCGCGGCCGCUCGCGCGUGGUCAAGGUCGACGAGCUCGAGGACGCGUGGCUCAAGGGCGGCUGGGAGGAGGGCACCGAGGAGGUGCUCCACUUCAAGACGGAGCACAUUGACUCAAAGGGCGUCGUCACGCAGCAGGUCCUCGGCUUCGUCAAGGUCGAGGGUGUCAGGUACCAGGCGCGUCGCGUGCUCGUCACCACCGAGGGCUCGGAUAAGAAUGUUGAGAUUACCAUCAUCUACGACUACCUCGGCACCGGCGAGGUCUCCCAGUAA